UUGCAGUUCUCCAAGCUGCAAGAGAGGGUGGAGACAGCAGAAUCGCGGGUGUCUGUCCUGGAGACCAUGACUGAUGACCUUCAGUGGGACAUCGACAAGAUCCGCAAGAGAGAGCAGAGGCUCAGCCGCCACCUGGCCGACGUCCUGGAGCGAGUAAAUUCCAAAGGCUACAAGGUGUAUGGAGCUGGGAGCAUCCUCUGUGUGGGAACAAUCACCAUUAGUGCCUGCAAGGUACAACUGAGCGAGUCUGUGGCUCCACUUGCAGCUCAGUGCGUUGGCCCCAUUAAUCGGGAGAUGAGUCACCUCAUCAGCAGCCUCCAGAAUCACAAGCACCAGCUGAAGGGAGAGAUGCUGAGAUACAAGCGCAAACUGAGAGAGGCCCAGUCUGACCUGAGCAAGAUCCGCUCUCGCAGUGGCAGUGCUCUUCUCCAGUCCCAGUCCAGCACUGAAGACACAAAGGAGGAACCUGCAGAGAUCAAGCAGGAGCCUGCUGAUCCUUCUGCCCACGGGACUGUUCCCAAGGCUGCUUCUGAAGAUGUAAAUGAGAUGAAGGCCAGGAAGGCCCAGGAGAGCCAAAAGGAGAUGAAACUGUUGCUAGAUACGUACCACUCUGCCCCCAAAGUGCAGAGACACAAAGUGCAGCUCAUGGCAGCUGAGAAGAAGGCAAAAGCUGAGCUUGAAGAACUGAGGCAGAGGGUGAAAGGAUUGGAGGACAAGGAGAAAAAGGAGAGUAAGAAGAUGGCUGAUGAGGAUGCCCUCUGCAAGGUCCAAGCAGUGGAAGAACAGAUUGAAUAUUUACAGAAGAAACUUGCCAUGGCUAAGCAGGAGGAAGAGGCCCUGCUGUUGGAAAUGGAUGUCACAGGCCAAGCCUUUGAAGACAUGCAAGAGCAGAACAUCUGCUUGAUGCGGCAGCCGCAGAAGGAUGAUGCCAACGUCAAGCUGAUGUCAGAACGUAUCAAGUCCAACCAGAUCCAUAAGCUGCUAAAAGAGGAAAAGGAGGAGCUGGCAGACCAAGUUUUGACACUGAAAACACAGCUAAUAGGGAAAAAGGAGAGGGGACAAGAGAGCUGGUGGGGACAUGGAGGUGUGUUUUGUCUGUUUUAGGCAGCUCCACACACCAUUUGCUCUCUCCCCCACUGAGGGAAAGGGGAAAGAAUCAGAAGGGACAAAGUGAGAAAACAGGUGAGCUGAAUAAAGGCAGUUGAACA